UGCAGCCUGGCGCGCAUCUCCCACCUUUGCACGCGCGACGAUGACCACGACAGCACCAGAUCUACAUGUCUACUCGGCCAGCAAUCCCUCUACCGUCAGUCUGGGCAUACCAGCUGCGUACUCAGAGGAGGACCUGCUAUACCCGGACGAUCCCGCCGGCGAUGAGGACACCGAGGAGAAUCUCCCCGAGGAGGAGCUCCGUCGUAUAUACGAUGACGAGGAAGUGGAAAGAUUCCUGCAUCUGUUCUCAACCUACGUGACCGAAGUACGCUUGACUGCGCCGCCAACGGAAGCCCUGAGUGAGGCCAACCGACAAGCUACUUCAUCCUCCUUGGGGUCUGCUAGUACUACUGAGGGCGGAGAGUGGGUGGACAUUCGCAAUGAUGUACCGCCGCCACUGCCUCCCCGCCGCCCCAAGCGAGCUGACUCAUUGGCGGAAGUAUACUACCAAAGUGUUUCUCUAUCAGAAUUCAUUGCGAACCGAUAUAUUGUGCCUCUCUUGCCUGAGGAACCCGUCGUACCGCCUGCCUUUACUCUCGGCCGGUUCCGAUUGACUGUGCAGCGCCUGUUCCUUGCGGUUCGCCCUAUAUAUCUGCCAUUCUUGACAAAAUUGUACCGCCUAGCUACGUGGAAAGAUCCUGGUCGAAGUCUUGCCUUUUGUCUGCUCUUCUGGUUUCUGUGGUUACAGGAUUUGCUCUUGCCCGCUCUUAUCCUGCGUAUCCUAUACGCGCUUGUGCGGCGUCGUAUCUUCCCGUACCCGACCCUCGACGAGCUACGCGAGCGCCGGCAAGAAGUCCAGCGCGCCGACAUCUUCAGCGCCGAGGUAUCGAAGUCUUUGACCGCGUCGUCCAGAUCUGGCGUGAAGGAGGUCUGGAGGCUAUUCCGCGUAUACAACAAAACGCGGAAGGAGCUCUUGAAGUCGAGAUCAUCUUCGGGACACAGCGGGGAGGGAAAGGAGCGAGAGCAUGGGAAGAGUCGAAGUGUUACCGAUUUACUGGGCGAAGUCAGCGGCCGGACAUCUGGUGGCGCUGCUCCUGAAGAGGUCGAGCAAGCGGAUAUGGCCGAUGAGAAUGAGAUGGUGGCUGACGAGACGCCGGAGGAACAGGAUCUGAAGCGUUUGGGCUUGCACAUUCUCAGCGACAUUGCGGACUUGCACGAACGGGUUAAGAACCUCUUUAUUUGGCGCAGGCCCGAAGCCUCAUACAGAUACGGCGUGCUGUUAGUGCUCCUCUUCGUGUUCACCUUGGUCGUGCCUACGAAGUACAUCGUCAAAGGUGUCUACGCCUGCCUGGGAUUCCUGUUUUGGCAUGUCAUCCCUGUCAUCGACGCCAUGUCAAUCCGGGAUAGACAGCGGAUGCCACCUAUCCUCGCCGACAUUCCCACAGACGCUGACUUUGCCAUGGAGCUCAUCUCGAAGCGCGUGGCUGCCGGUCAAGACCUGAGGAGAAGCCAUCAUAAGGCGAAGAAAGCGAAACACCCAGCUUACUCACGGUCAGAGGUUUCCCUCGCGUCUACGUCCCCGCGCUCGCGCGGCUCGCCGGAUCCGAGCCAUGACAAGGAGCAAAAGGCGUCGGGGGUGGACUGGCAGAAGUGGGGACAGCGUGCCGCUAUUGGCAAGGCAUGGGCAGAGGAUCCUAAGCGUCUUUUCGCUAAGAAGGCGGGAGGUCUGGGCUGGCCGCCUUCACCGGCUGUCGUUCCAGGACCGCCGUUAGCAGUUGCUCAACCUGAGGCGGAGCUGGAGUCGCAUGCGUACCCGGCACAUCACUCGACGGGGCCUGGUUUAUUGACCAUCUCGCCCGUUGUGCUGCAGUUUACACCGUUCCUGUCGACCACGCCGAAGCUUUCAAUUGCAAUGAAAGACCUGCGCGGUGUCAAGAAGACUGGGCUCCUCAAAGGGCUGACAUUACGGUACAGCGAUGGGUCACAAGUCAAGGAAGAGAAAUUCCCUUGGGUCGGUGGUCGAGAGGAGCUGUUUGCGCGCUUGAUAGGGCCUGAUAGGACGAGGUGGCUGAAGCCACUACAAUAGAAGAUGGAGUCGCGAAGGGCGAGGUCCUAUUGACCCUUUGACGCGGUGCGAUUCCAUUGUUGUACAUUAUUCGCGCUGGUUCAUAGGAGUCCGCCCUCAUACUGGCUCAGUCGACUCAGGUCACGACGACCAUUGGGCUGAUGGUGGCACCGCGCUGUGGUGGGGCGGAACGUCGGAUUAGAAGGCAGGCAUGUUCGCAUUUCAUGCGCGCCGGGACCUCCUAUUCCAGUGGUGGUGGGCAUCCGCGGCUUCCGAGCCGGUCAGUUUGGCUUUAUUUGUUUUCCAUCAAAGCUCGAAUUCCAUGGUCAGCUUAGCGGCGUCGGAUGUCGGUCAUUUUGGCUUCUCGGAUGCGACGGGAUGUAGGUCUGAUCAUGAGAUCUCACUCUCGACGAGAGGGUUUGUGAAAAUACGUUCUCU